AAGUACGCUGUCCCACUUUCCCCGCCCAAAUGUGUGACACAGUAAAUUAAAACUGAAAACACGCGCACAUCAAAGCUAAUUCGAUUUAAUGCUCCUUACGCUUUCCCACUGCUUUUGUUCGUUGCUUCCUCAUAUUUCUCUACCUUAACCUUUUACUUGCUUCCCUUUUAAACUCUAUUGUUUGCUUUUAAAGUUAGAGCCCCCUCAAGGUGUUCGACGAAAUGCCUGAACCAUGCUCUCUCUCACAACAACCUUCUGCUCUUGCUUUCGCCUCCUAGUCUCGCCAAACUCUCGGCCCCACUCUCGUUCCCUACCUUCCGUUGUCUUUGUUACCGAUUCAAGAAGAAGAAGAAAGAGGAGGAAAACGGUACAGGUACAUACACAGCUCGUGUCUUCGAGUUUCGUGCCGGCGAAGGAGAGCUGUGGUGGUGGUUUUUUGGGGUUUCACAAGCCGCCUGGGUUCGUGAGGAGGUGUGUGAAGUGGGAUAGUGAAGAGGGGGAUUUGGCUUUGGAGGGAGAGAUUUUGGAGUUUAUGAAAGAAUCGAAGAAUCCGGAGGCUUUUCCGAGCAAGAAAGAGCUGGUUGAAGCUGGGAGGAUGGAUUUGGUGGACGCUAUUGCCAAGAAAGGUGGUUGGCUCUUGCUGGGUUGGGAUUUGAGCGAAGAAGAAGAUGAGGUGGAACAAAGGAAAGUUCAAGAAAAUGUUACUGCUUGGGUUUCUGACUCGGACAGCAAUGAAAUUCGGAGUUCUGAGCCGGUUUCUGGGUUUUCUGUGAAUCAUUCUCAGUCAGCCUCGUCGUCUGGUAGAUCACUGGAAAUGGCAGCAGGGGACGAGUCUGGGAUUGAGGGUAUAUUGAACCGGUUGGAGAGACAGAGAAAUUUGAGUUUUGGUUUUGAUUUGAGAUCAAAAGGAAAUGGUACUAGCUUCCCAAGUAUUCAUGCUAAAGAUGACAGGCAUCUUGGAACCUCAAUAGAUGCGACAGUUGCUGGACUGGAAAGCAGUAAACGAGCUUCUUUAAGUUCUAAUAAACGCAUUUACAAUGAUUCGGGGGGCAAGCUUGAUCAGAAUAGAUCUCACCUAGAUGAUGAUGGUUUAAGAAACUCAGUGAAGCCAGACACGUGGAGAACUUGGAGCAAUCAGAGGGCAGGCUUUUCUGCUGCCGAUUUUGAAGCUGCUGAAAUUGGUUUCAAUGCAAUGCCAAUGGAUGGUUCAAGAGAUGAGAUACUUGAGUUAGGAGGCCUUGCUAGUGAUCCUUUAAACACAAGGAAGGAACCAAUCUCUUGUCAUGAGAUUAAUGUUAAUGAAAUACAAACUCGCCUUCAACACCUGGAGUUAGAGCUUACCUCUGUACUUCACUCAGUGAGGUCAAAUGCUGGCCAAAUAAUGUCACAGAAGGACCAUGAAAGCUCCUCUGAGAAAUUGCAGAAGCUAUCGGAUGCUUUGGAGUUUCAGGAAAAUGAGAUCAUGGAUGCUCAGGACAGAUUGCGAUCAAUACGUGCAAAGUUAACAAUAUUAGAGGGAAAGAUGGCACUGGCAAUAAUUGAUGCCCAAAAGGUAGUGGAGGAGAAACAGGAGAGAAUUGAUGAUGCUCGUAGAGCUUUACAACUUCUUCAUACUACCUGCAUAGUUUGGCCCAAUUCAGCUUCUGAGGUGCUCUUAGCGGGAUCAUUUGAUGGUUGGGCUACCCAGAGAAAGAUGGAGAAGUCAGGUACAGGUAUCUUUUCCUUAAACCUGAAGUUGUACCCAGGCAGAUAUGAGAUCAAAUUUAUUGUUGAUGGUCAAUGGAAGGUUGAUCCCCUACGCCCUAUUGUCAAAAACAAUGGAUAUGAGAAUAAUCUACUCAUAAUCACAUGAAGGCACAAAUGAGGCAUGCGAUCGUCAUUGUAAACAUGAAGUAUUACCACAUGCUUCUGGGAUUUUUUUUCCGCCUUACAUAACCCCCCUCCUUGGAAACAGAUUCAGUGGGUAGCUCAUGAUUCUUUUAACUCAGAGAGGAUUUAGUAAAUGUAACACUGUUAGAUGCUUUUCUUCUCCUGUUGCUUGUUGUAAAACACAUCCAUGUAAUACUGAGUGAUCUCAUUAAUCAUUUUUUGAAUAUACAUAUAACCUGUGAUAACAUGUGAAUACAA